GUAGGGGUCAAGGUUCUUACACAAUUUUGGUUGCAGAAACGGAUCAGCUUGGGGAAGGAGACGAAUACAGAUUUCAAUUACUAUGAUUACCACCAGCUUGGAUCGUUGAUGUUUGUGAUCGGAGUGCGUUUCGGAUCUGUUACAGCUUGGAUCGUCCAUAUAGUUGUUGCCUGCAUGGGUGGUUGUUUUGGAAGCCAUAGGAAAUCUGAAGUUCCAUCAAUAGGUAAUUACACCUUGAAAACAGGAAGAAGAAGAAGAACUAAGAGGGGAAUUAGGUCAAAGGGUGGUAUUUCAGAAGAAUUGAUCUUGACGAAUACUAUUAGUGUUUGUGAUAUGGAUGGAGUUCAGUCACGUGGAAGUAUCUCAUCUAUGAAUAUCAGCUCAUCAAAUCAAACUGUUAAUGAUCCAGUCAUCAGUAUUGGAAACACUACUACUGCUGAUCAGUUUGUAAAUCAUGGUCUUUUACUCUGGAAUCAGACCAGACAACAAUGGAUUGGAAACAAGAAAAAGUCUGAUAAUCUAUCGGAUCAGCUUUGUGAACCCAAAUUGAGUUGGGAUGCUACUUAUGAGAGUUUGCUUGGGAGCAACAAGCCAUUUCCGCAACCCAUACCCCUUCCAGAAAUGGUUGAUUUUCUGGUUGAUAUUUGGGAGCAGGAAGGUAUGUAUGAUUGAUAUAUGGAUUCUCCCAAUUUAAUUAUUUGUGUUCAUACAAACGACUUUCAUAUUUGAGACUCGACAUUACUGCAUUGCGUGUUCGGCUCUUCCAUCUAAAACUGAAUAGAUUGAAUCCCUAGUUUGGUGUAAUUUUAAAUUUUGGAAUAAUAAAUCAUCCAGGUUUAAUUUA